AUGGUGCGGUCAUACGAGCGCCACGAGGCGACGGCGGCAUUCGCGCUCAUUGGAUCCAAUGCAGCGAAUGCGCUGCUGGAUGCUGAUGGAAAGACCGCUUUUCUGCCAGCUCUCGAAGAUGUGCUGGUUUGGGAUGUGAAGCGUGGCGAGCAGCGCGCCAUGUGGCACCAGCUGGGAUUCCGCCUGGCGGUGACAGCCAUCGCGCGUGCGCCAUACCCCCAAGAAUCACGCUUUGCUGUUGGAUAUGCGGAUGGCUCGAUCCGCCUCUGGGACGCCGAGACAUCUACGGUCCUCCUGACGUUCCAUGGCCAUCAGCGCGCUGUCACUACCUUGGCGUUCGACCCCAAGGCCCUGUUCCUUGCGAGUGGCAGUCAAGACACGAGCGUGAUUGUAUGGGACGUCGUGGCUGAAUCGGGUCUGUUCCGACUCAAGAGUCACCAUGACGCUAUCACGGGCGUGGCAUUUGUCCCUCGCCAGCACGAUACCUACUAUCUGGUCUCCACAGCCAAGGACGGCUUCUUGAAGCUGUGGGACCUUCAGCUACAGCACUGCAUCGAGACGGUCGUGUCAGGUGACGAACAGCUGUGGAGCCUGGCCGUGCAUGACAGCUUGGAUGACACCCUCGUGUUGACCGGCGGCUCCAACGGGCAUGUGCGUUUGUGGCGCGCCUCGCACGAUGUGUUGCAGCGCGGUCUGCAAACGAGCGCAGACGAUACAUCACGUCGCUUUUUUGAGUCGCACGGCACUCUCGAGCUGCCAUCUGGCCACCGCGUUGCUCAGCUGGCCGUAUACGCCUCGUACAUGGCUGCCGCGAGUGGCGAUCGUGCCGUGCAUGUGUAUCGCAUUCGCACUCUCGAAGAAGCACAGAAAAAGCAGCAGCGUCGCGUCAAACGGGCGCGCGAAAAGGGAGAUGACAGUGUUGAUGCAGCCAUGCCCAUGACGUGGCUUACACGCCUAGAACCGUACGUGAUUGUCCGCCCCACCAUCGGGCGGAUCCGCAGUUUCGCCUUCCCGAGUGGACAUACCCAGCCGACGCCAGAUGUGGCCGUGCCGAUUCUGUGUGCGCUCACGACCAACUCUGCCGAGAUUCACUCAAUUCCGUCGCCGCCACGCACCAAGGCCGAGAAGCAAAGCGUCGCCAUCGAGGCGAGUGUCUCGCAUGUGCUAGAGCUGCCAGGUCACCGCAGCGAUAUCCGUGCCGUGGCUCUGUCCAGUGACGACACGCUAUUGGCAUCCGUGUGUGGCAGUGGCCAGCUCAAGAUUUGGAACGUGCGUACGGGCCGAUGCAUCCGAACGUUGGCUGUCUCGGCUUUUGCGCUGUGUGUGACAUGGCUUCCCGGUGAUCGAUACGUGCUGGUCGGAUGCAAGGACGGGUCACUACACACAUUCGACGUGCCGGCCGCCAUGCCUGUCGAGACGCUCGAGGCACAUAGUGGUCCUCUCUGGAGUUGUGCCAUACAUCCCAGCGGCUUGAGUGCUGUCACGGGCAGUGCCGACAAGCAGGUCAAGUUCUGGGACUUGGAAAUGGCGCCUGCCGAGGACGGUGCGCCGCCCCAACUCUCACUCGUGCAUGUGCGGACGCUUCAACUCACAGACGACGUGCUGUGCGUGCGGUACUCACCCGACGGGCGUCUCCUGGCCGUCUCGCUCUUGGAUCACACGGUCAAGGUGUUCUACGCUGACACGCUGAAAUUCUUCUUGUCGCUGUAUGGCCACAAACUGCCUGUGUUGGCGCUCGACAUAUCUGACGACUCAAAGCUGUGUGUCACAUGCAGUGCAGACAAGAACGUGAAAAUCUGGGGUCUCGAUUUCGGCGAUUGCCACCGCAGCCUGUUUGCGCAUGACGACUCGAUAAUGGCUGUGUCCUUUGAGCACGGCAUGCAAGGUGGUGGCCUCAUGGGCGGCCGCGAAGGUGCUUCACACCGGUUUUGGACAGCCGGCAAAGAUGCCAAGGUCAAAUACUGGGAUGGUGACCGCUUUGUCGGCGUACAAACCAUGGAAGGACAUCAUGGCGAGGUAUGGGCACUGGCGACCGGGCACCACGGUCGGGUCGUCGUGACCGCAGGGGCAGAUCGAAGUAUCCGCGUGUGGGAAAAGACGGACGAGCCGUUGUUUUUGGAGGAAGAGCGCGAAAAAGAACUCGAGCAAAUGUACGAAAGUGCCGCGCCACCACAGGAAGACACGGCGGAUGCUGAGGCCACGUCCGUGAGCAAGGCCACAACUGAGUCACUCAUGGCCGGCGAACGCAUCCUAGAGUCUUUGCACACGGCGGAUGCCGAUAUCGAGCAGCGUGAACAGGCGCAGCGCCUAGGCCAAGAUGUACCGGUCCAUCCUCUCGUCCAGGCGAUGUUUAGUGAAAUGGAGACACCAGAUACGUACAAGUACGUGCUCCGUGUCGUGGAGAAGAUUCCGCCGACGCACAUGGAAGACGCGUUGCUGGUAUUGCCAUUCGACAAAGUCGUGAGCCUGUUCCGAUACAUUGACGUUUGGAUCACACGAGAGUGGAACGUGUCUUUGAGUGCGCGCAUCCUCUUUUUCCUGAUGCGAACGCAUCAUGCCCAAAUUGUGUCGAAUCGCGUUAUGCGCACGACACUCGUACGACUGCGCACACAUGUCAAGAAUGUGCUCGCCAAACAAAAGACACUUGUGGGCUUCAACCUGGCAGCAUUGCGGUACCUUCAACAACAACAUCUCUCGCGGCGCACGACCGAGCUCUUUGAGCGCCCCGAGACGCAACUGCAUGAACUUGACGAGGCAGCUGUGCAUGCCAAGCUGCACGAGAAUGCCAAGCGGAAACGGAAGCUCGUGGUUCGUUGA